AUGACGGAUGGGAGUGCUCAACACGACGUCCCAAAAACCUCGGACUCCUAUUACGACCUGGGAUCGUUCAGUCGACCUGUAAGCACAAGCAACAAAGAAGCUCAACUAUGGUUCGAUCGUGGUCUGGUUUGGAGCUACGCCUUCAACCACGAGGAAUCUGCAGAAUGUUUCCGGAAAGCCAUCAGCCUGGACCCAGGGUGUGCCAUGGCUUACUGGGGUCUAGCGUAUGCCCUGGGUCCCAACUACAACAAGCCAUGGGAAUUCUUUGACGGAGAGGAGCUCGAAUCAACUGUAACUAGGACACACGCUGCUGUGAGGAAGGCCAAAGCCGAAGCGAGCCAUAUCACAGCGGUCGAAAAGGCCCUGGUUGAUGCCCUCGAGUUCCGAUAUCCCCAUGCGCAAGCAGCUGCUGAUUGCUCCAUCUGGAAUCAACCAUACGCCAAUGCCAUGCAAUCAGUAUAUCAAGCAUUCCCUGACGACCUUGAUGUGGCCACCCUCUACGGUGACGCCCUGAUGAAUCUCACGCCUUGGAGACUCUGGGACUUAACCACCGGACAGCCAGCCCCUGGAGCAAGGACGAUAGAAGCCAAGGCCGUCCUUGAUCACGCCUUAGCUUUGAAGGGUGGUUUGCAGCAUCCCGGCCUGUUACAUCUCUAUAUACAUCUGAUGGAAAUGUCCGGCCGCCCCGAACUUGCCAUGCCCGUAGCAGAUCAUUUGAGAGGGCUGAUACCUGAUGCUGGCCAUCUCCACCAUAUGCCUACCCAUCUCGACAUACUUUGCGGCGACUACCGCCGAGCGAUCGCUUCGAACACCGAUGCAAUCUACGCGGACGAAAAGUUUGUGGCUCGUGCUGGUCCACUGAACUUCUAUACGCUCUAUCGAUGCCACAAUUACCAUUUUCGCCUGUACGCUGCAAUGUUUGCUGGCCAGUCGAAAGUCGCGCUGCAAACUGCCAGCUGGAUCGAAGCAACGGUCCCAGAAGAGCUCCUCCGUGUCAAGUCCCCUCCAAUGGCCGAUUGGCUCGAAGCCUUCCAUGGGAUGCGUGUGCACGCCCUCGUUCGCUUUGGCUUGUGGCAGGAAAUUCUUGAGCUGUCUCUACCCAAAGACGAGGAACUCUACUGUGUGACAACAGCCUUGAUACACUACGCAAAAGGUAUUGCAUUGGCAGCUACGGGAAAGGUGGGGGAAGCAGAGAAGCAGCGGAUCAUCUUCAACGAAGCAGUGUCGCGGGUGCAAUCCACCCGAACACUUUUCAACAACACCUGCCUUGACAUCCUUGCAAUUGCGCGAUCAAUGCUGGAUGGCGAAUUGGAAUAUCGCCGCGGGAACUUCGAGGCAGCGUUUGAACAUCUCCGCAAAUCCAUUGCUCUCGAUGAUGCACUUCCGUAUGAUGAGCCUUGGGGGUGGAUGCAACCGCCUCGGCAUGCUUAUGGUGCUCUCCUGCUGGAACAAGGCCAUGCCGAACUCGCCGCAGCUGUGUACAGUGCCGAUCUGGGAUUCGAUGACACUCUCCCUCGAGCUCUUCGCCAUCCAAACAAUGUUUGGGCUCUCCGUGGAUACUAUGAAUGUCUGAUGAAGCUGGGUCGUAUAGCCGAAGCUCGACUUAUUCGACCCCAGCUGACGCACGCCACAGCCAUGGCAGAUAUACCCAUCAAAUUUUCAUGCUUUUGCCGGACAGAUCAUGCUAGUGGGCCAGUACAAGAGCGUUCUGCAUGA